GCGAUGCUCAGUGUCAGAUCUGUUGCCUUAUAAAGCGAAAGUUCCCACUGUCGAGUCGCAGCUGAGCUGGAACUUGAAGAUGCGCAAACUGGAAAUGUGCUGGAUUCCAAUUGGAAUAUGCCUAAUGCUGGCGGGUGAGCUGCAAGGCUUCAGCACGCAGUACAGGGGCAAUACAAAGCAUCCAACUCUACCUGAUCACUGCUUCUAUGCGGAGCUCAAGUUGGCUGUGCCCCGCAAUGGAACCGUCUAUCCCGUCGAUCAAUUUGACUUUUGCGCCAAGGUCUAUUGCCGGGAGGACUAUGUGCUCAUUAUCAAGCACUGCGAUCGCAUGCAAUUGGCGGAUGGCUGUUAUUUCACGCCCAACGACUAUACGAAGCCUUAUCCGGAUUGCUGUGCCAUGCGCAUCUGUCCAAGCAAAUGAUAUAUCCCAUAUCCAAUUAGAAUUCAUAUGU